AUUUCACACACAUUUUCCCACCAAGUCUCUAAUAAUCAAGUCUUUUAAUUUAUUUCCACAUUUUUCACACACAUUUUCCUACCAAGUCUCUAAUAAAAAUGUUAAAGAUGUUGAUCAUCUUUAUAUAUUCAACCUCCAUCUGUUGCUUUUUUGCCACAUCUCAAAAUGUAUUAUCUCGAGAUAUUUUAUCUCAAAAUGUAUCAUCUCCAAAUACAUUACCCCAAUAUACAUCACCUCAAGAUAUAUGGUACAUUUAUAAAGAGCCUAUAGAAGGUCUAAAACUACGUGACACUCUAACACUUAAAGAUGGUACUUUGAUGAUUUGGAUGACCCUUGAUGAUGUUGAAGAUCCAUCAUGCAUAUUACCUUAUUUUUAUCUACGAUUGAUAAAAAGAACAGGCCGAAUUACAUACAUAAAUCUUAAUUACACCUUUCCUCUAGAAGCAGUUUGCCCCAUUGAUAUGACUUUUAUACCCUUAAGUUAUAAUUAUAUAAUGGUAAUUUAUGUUAAAUUAAACAAUGGUGUUACGGGAAAGUAUGGCUUGAUAAUUAAUUAUGACAGCGAGAUAAUAAGUGAAAUCUACUUAGGAAAUGUUAAUGAUGAUAUUAUAAUUAGUGGAAGAUUAGAAAAAAGUUUUAUUUGUAUUGAAGAACAUGCACAGGUCGAAGUAGGCCCAUGUACUACAAAUUUCUAAUUGUGAAACUUCAUUCACAUGGCCCAUUUCUCAUAGAUUUAUAAAUUUUGGAAAUUCUUGGAAAUUUGUCCCGUUUCCAUUAAGUUUCCACCCUAUUUUUGAUAAUAGAAACUUCAUUUAUAUGUUGUUUAUAUUUAUAUCACACUGAAAAUAUUUUUUUUCAAAUAUAUUCACAUUAAACUAUAAUCAAAUUUUUUUAUUUCAUGUUAU